AUGAAGUUUUCACUAUUUGCUUUAUCGUCGCUUAUUAGUACAAUAACAUUAGCUGCUGCUGCUCCCACACCUGAUAACAAAGAGACAGGAAAAUACGUUGUUCUGGAUUACCUUGUUCCAGAUGAAGCUAUUAAUAACAAGGUUGAGAUAACAGACGACCAGCAACCACUUGUGGUAGAAGAAAGUGGAAAAAAAUAUAUCCUCAUUGUAAACGCUACUUUGGCCGAAUCAGUUAUAUCCAAGUCUGGCAUAGAUAUUGAGGGUUUAGAGUCUGCCUUUGCUAAGUCAGAGGAGACUGCAUCUGUUUCUAAAAGAGAUGCCAAUGCCGACGCUGAUGCCGACGCAAAAUUUCACUGGAUGUCGUAUAGGUUCUUCCAGCCUAACUUGAGAAAAAGAGAAGCUGAUGCCGAUGCCAAGUUCCACUGGAUGACAUACCGUUUCUUCCAACCUAAUUUAAAGAAAAGAGAAGCUAAUGCAGAUGCGGAAGCUAAAUUUCACUGGAUGACUUACAGAUUUUUCCAGCCUAAUUUAAAGAAGAGAGAAGCCAACGCAGAAGCAAAAUUUCACUGGAUGACAUAUAGGUUCUUCCAGCCUAACUUAAAGAAAAGAGAAGCUAAUGCAGAUGCGGAAGCUAAAUUUCACUGGAUGACUUACAGAUUUUUCCAGCCAAAUUUAUAA